UUUCAGAGCUACCUAAGCGAGGACUGGUUCCCUUUGAGACAACUCUGCACACAUUUGCCGGGGAGGCAAGUCGGAAUCGACGGUCCGGUUUUGUAUAAUAAACGUACGAACGGAUAAAGCUGCAAUCCGAAAACAGGCAGGUUGAGCUGUGAAGAAGCUCCAGCGGCCCAAGCGGACUCGCUUCCCGGCCGUCGCACCUGAACUCCCCCUCGCCGAUCGCCCUCAUCGCCACCUGUCAACGAGGGAACUAAUUCGCCCACCAAUCCGGUUCCUUCGCCACGUUCAAGGGCCAGCGCCGCGCUGCCUUUCCAAGCGCAUUUCAAGAGCUGCCGCGCGGUUGCCCCCAAACCAACCUCUCCUACCUACAGGAACAACUUCUGCCGGGCAGGAAGCGGUUCUGCGCCGGUUCCGGGAAACGGACAACCAAGACAGAAUUCUGAAGCACAAUAGACUAAUGUAACUAGAAGACUUUGAUAAGAUUCUCAAGCAACAUGAAUUGGUUACAAAUGAAUGAAGAUCUGAGCUUCAGAAAAUUAAUAAAUGGUUCAGAGUGUCCAGAAAUACUUAAAUAUGACUUUAACAAAAAUGGCGAGCUUAGGCAUAUCGAAACCAAUGAACCUUUUGUUUUUAGUUAUCAAAAUUCUUAUUCUGAUAAUCACAAACGUUACCAAAUUCUUGGGCACUUAGUUACGCAGUAUGUUUAUGAACUUCUGGAAAAGGCUUGCAAAUUACAAAAGAUUUACAUUCCAAAAGAUAUACCAAAAAAUGAACUUUGCAGUUUCUUUUUCAUGAGUGAAAAUGCAUUAAAAAAUUGCUCAACUGUAGUUGUCCUCCUUCAAGAUCAAGGGACCUUUUGUGCAGGUCAGUGGGGGCAGAAGGUCAUAAUUCAUGAAGGUCUACAACAUGGAUCUCAAAUACCGUUCAUUGCAAUGGCUUUGCAGUGCUCUUGGGGUGUGAUUGUUUUAAAUCCCAAUGACUGUUUCAUUGAUCUGAAGACAGAAAAAGAAUGCUUAAGCCUAUCAGAGAAAGAAUACUCCACUUGUCCUAAAGAAUCUUGCAGUGUUCCAAAGAGAGACACCAGUAGUCCAGAAGAACAUACCAUCUAUGUUUGGGACCACUUCAUUUCAAACGCUACAGCUAGUAAUGUGGCCUUCAUUGCCCAUGGCUAUGGAGGAUUGGUUUUCGUCAACUUGCUCAUGCAGAGAACUUCAGAAGUAAUGAACAAGGUGUAUGCUGUUGCAUUUAUUGAUUCCACACAUCACACUAUGUACCAGACACAAGGCAAUUCCCAGGUACAGGCAUGGAUAUGGAAACACUGUCAACAGUGGGUGUCAAGCAGUAAGCCUUUAGGUAGGUCAGUGGGCUAUCUUGUAAAAGCAGACUGCCCUACUGUUUCUGCAGGGACUGAAAAAUAUGAUCUGGCACCUUCAUUUUGUCUACAUUCUGUUUUCAGGUGUCUUAGGAAUAGACUGAAAAUGGGCUCUAAGAAGUGUUUUGUUCGCUCACCUAUUGCAACAAGGAGCAAAAAAAUUACAAAGAAAAGUUAAGAAAGUAUCUCUUUUUCUUUUAUUGGUAAAAAUUGGGUGCUGCCCUAUAUGGCUCAAUUCAACUUGGACGUAUUCUAUUUUAUACGGAUACGUAAUACUUAUUUUUGAGGAAGCAAUGUUACCAUGAUAUUCUGAAAAGUUUAAUUUUGAAUUACCAUUGUUUAUUGGAUCUUUUUUCCCUUUUUGAAAUGCAACUUUGUGUUAAUUAGAGAUAUGCAGAUUUGUUUUUGGACUAAAGCGCCUUGAAUUCCCUAAAAAGCUGUGUUGGCUAGGGCAUUCUGGGCGUUGUAGUCCAAUGAAGUAUCUGCAUAUUUCUAACAUUAAUGCUGAAAUUUAAAAGCUCUGUUCCUUCCUAUUUCUUACAAAUGUACUAUUUAUGGAAAAAUUAUUUUUUCUCCAAAAUAUUUUCAUGUUCCUUUUUUGUGAGUAAAAAAAACCCACCACUGAAUAUGUAUAUUGUAAUUAUGAAUGGAUAUACUACUAUGUAGCAAAUGUUGGAACAAAGAACUUGGACUAGGAUCCUCCUAACAAUCCUAUGCAGAAUGCUCCAUUACACAUGUGGUUCCUUGUUUCUCACCAUGUGCAUAAGAGAGGUUCAUGAACCCUUGCAUACAUUUGAAAGCUCUGUUGUUUGCAAGCUAGUGACUGUUACUGCAAAUGAACACUUCAGGUGCAGAGAUG